UCAAUGGCCGUUACCGCAAGUUGACUAUAAAAUUCAUCUACAUUUAUUUCUAUCAUUGGAAAUGGACUUGAUGGAAAAUGAAGCAAAAAUGGAUAGCAGAUAAACACAAACAAAAAGGGAAAAGUGUGUGACUGCCAUAUACUGUACCUAGUUUCAUCAAUAGACAUCCUUAUCUAGACAAGCAAAUAUCAUCAACACCCCUUUCUAUUUCUGCUACAAUGGAAAACGAUAUUUUAGAUUCACUUGAAGAUUUAGGGUAUAGUGGACCUGCCCUAGAUGAUGGAGUUAUUAACACUUUUAUAGAGAAUGGGCCAUGUCAACAACAAUUUACUGAAUUAGUAACUUGGCUCACAGAUCAAAUAAAAUCCUUCACUGGACUAGAAGAACAUGUUAAUCCAAUAACUAGUGCAGAUGAUUCGGCAGAGUUUGUCAUGGAGCUUAGUGGCUUUCUCCGAGAAUUGAAUUGUCCUUACAAUCAUUUAUACGAAGGAGGCCCAGUUACAGAGAGAUUAAAUUCUAAGGAAAACAAACUACAGCUGUUGGAUUAUUUAACCUCUGAACUAGCUACCAUCAGAGUAUUAGCUGUUAAAAAACCUGGUCUUCUCAAAGCAGCAGAUCAGAAUAAACCAGAAGAAAUGAAAGAAAGUGAUGUUGCUAAGCAUUUAAAAUUUAUGUUGAUGGGAUUAAACUUUCCUAAACCACCUGCAAAUGUAACAUCUUUUCAGUUAUUUAGCAAGGUAGAAAAUAAGAUAAAAGAAAUACUAACAAAACAUCCUAUGCAGGUGGGUCAACCUUUAUUAAAGGCCCGCCUUUCUGAUAUGCAGUGGGAGCAAAUCUUAAAAAUAAAUGAUAGUUUAACGCUAGAAUAUCAGACACGACGAGAAAUGUUACUUAAAAGACUAGACGUUACUAUACAAUCGUUCAUGUGGGCUGAUAAUGCAAAGAAAAAACAAAACGACAUUGCAGCAGUCUACCAGCCAAUUAGAAAGUUGCUAAUGGGGAAAAAUUCUAUAAGUGUUGCACAAAUACUUGCAGCACGGGAUGAUUUGACUAGAUUAGAGAAAACAAGCAGUGGUGAAGCAAGAGAUAAAACUAGAUGUGCAAUAAAUAAAGUUCGUAUUCCAAAGGUCCCAGAUAGAGGAGGAAGAGCAUGGGAGCUGGAGCCUCCACCUCCUGAAAUGCCAUCAUUUAUGAAAAGAGUUGAUCAGCCACAACAGCAAAGGCCACAAAGUGGCAGAGGACGUGGUGACCGAGGACGCGGUGACCGAGGAGGAGGUGGGCGUGGAGGUAAAGUACAAGGUGGUUGGGGAGAUAGUCAAAGUCAACAGUUCUCUGGUCAGUGGAAUCAGGGAGGAGGUGGUGGUCAAGGAGGAGGAGGAUACCAAGGAGGUGGAGGUGGUGGCUAUCAGGGAGGAGGAGGUGGUGGUUAUCAAGGAGGAGGAGGAGGCGGUGGCUAUCAAGGAGGAGGAGGUGGAUACCAGGGAGGUGGUGGUCAUCAAGGAAGAGGUGGAGGAGGAUACAGAGGAGGAGGUGGUUAUGAUCAAGAAGGACGUAGUGGUAGUGCAAGAGGCAGAGGUGGGAGGGGUGGUGGACGUGGAGGAAGAGGGGGAACUAGAUAAAUGAUGUUAAUGCUUUGUUGAAUUUUUCUGUCAUUGAAACUUUAUGCAAUUAAUAUCUUUUUUGAACUUUUAACAGUUAUUUGAAAUAUAGCUAGCUUUUGUUCCUCUCCGACACGGAAUUUGGCUUGCAAAAUUUUAUUGAUAAAAGCAUUAUUUUUUUUCUUUAAGAAAUUCAUAAGUGAUAUAUUCAUGAAUCUUAUUUCUAUUAACAUGCAGAUGUAAUUUACAGUUUAUUGGAUUAAGACACUUAUCACUGAUGAUAAAAUGAGUACUACAUGUAUUAAGUGCCAGUCUUUGUAAGAAUCCGCCAAUUAAGAAAAAUUUCAAAACAUGGGCGAAAAAUACCCACAGACCUAACCACCCUAUUUUGAAGGUACCCUCAUCCUGAGUUAGAAAUGGUAGGUUUUUUGUUUCUC